AUGCAUCAGCAUGAGCUGGAUACCAACUGUCUGGGUAGCAGCCCUUCUGGGAAGAACCUAGGCGGUGAUAAUGAACAUCAGAGAGCAGAAAGACAAACACGAAUGAUGGACUCAGUCCAGUAUGCAGAAUUCUGUGAAAGUCGGCAAUUGAGUUUUUCAAAGAAAGCAUCCAAGUUUCGUGACUGGUUGGACUGUAGCAGUAUGGAAAUAAAGCCAAAUGCAGUUGCAAUGGAGAUUUUGGCAUAUUUAGCUUAUGAGACUGUGGCACAGUUGGUGGACUUGGCCCUUUUGGUUAAGCAGGACAUGGCUCCCAAAGCUGGUGACCCAUUCAGUCAUGCCAUUUCUGCCACCUUCAUACAGUAUCACAACUCUACUGAGCCACAUCUCUUAGGGCAGUCUGCAAGUGUGAAGACCAGUCUUGACUCUCCUGAAAACACACCACCUCCUACACCCACACCCCCAGCAUCAGUAGGACAGCAACAUCUUGGGAAAGCCCCAUCAGGAACCCUGGGGAAUGGUGGAAUUGGACAGGACUCUACCAAAUCCAAACAGAGGAAAAGAAAAAAGAGCACUGCAGCCUGUGGUAUAGAGGCUCAAAGCGAUGCCAUCCAGCCCAGCCACAUCAGAGAGGCCAUUCGACGCUAUGGCCACAAGAUUGGCCCCCUUUCCCCAUUCACA